UCUGCGUAGACCUCAUACAUGGAUAAAACAGGGAACUGAUCAAAAUAAUACGAGCAUAAGCCAUGAUCUUGAUCUUCCGGUGCCUUGCACGAAACCGGCCACAGUGGCUGCAGCAGAAGCAGAGCUGCCGCACCUUUGUAGAUGCAAAGAUCAAAUGGGUUCGAGAACGAGGGCUCGACCAUGCUGUUGAGAAGGAGAAGAACCUGAGGCCUAUGCUUGCCCUCAAGAACCUCAUUAAGUCUGAGCCCUCCAAGUCCCUCCCUGUCUCCGUUGCUGCUGAGAACAAAGAACGCCUCUCCCUCCCUUACCGAGCCAUUGAAUUCAUCCGCCGUUAUCCUUCAGUCUUUGAAGAGUUCCGACCUAGUGGUUCCGGUGUUCGUCCCCACGUCCGCCUCACCCCUGAAGUCCUCAGCCUUGAUCAAGAUGAGCAGUUAAUCUAUGAUAACCCAGACCACCGGCAAACGGCUGCUGAUCGGCUUCUCAAGUUGCUCAUGCUUACUAGAGUCAAUAAGCUUCCCCUGCAUGUCAUUGAUCGCUUGAGAUGGGAUCUCGGUCUCCCACACGAUUAUGUCCGCUCUCUUGUCCCCGAAUAUCCAGACUACUUCCAAGUCACCAGUGUUACAUCUGAUACAUCACCUGGUUCUGAAGUGCUUGCAUUAGAGCUGGUUUGCUGGAUUGAUGAGCUUGCUGUCUCCACCAUGGAAAAGAGGGCCAUGGCUAAAGCAGACCCACCUUACAGGAAGGGGAUGCCCCUUACCUUUCCCCUCCAAUUCUCUAGAAGUUUUGAUAUGGAGAAGAAGGUGAAGAAGUGGGUCGAUGAGUGGCAGAAAUUGCCUUACAUCUCACCCUAUGAGAAUGCCCUACAUCUUCAGCCCAAGAGUGAUCAGGCAGAGAAAUGGACAGUUGCUGUAUUGCAUGAGCUCCUCCAUCUCCUUGUCUCGAAGAAAACUGAUAGAGACCACAUCCUCUACCUUGGUGAGCAACUAGGACUGCGUUCAAGGUUUAAGAGGGCCUUGAUUAACCACCCAGGUAUUUUUUACCUUUCAAAUAAGAUUAGGACACACACUGUUGUUCUCAGGGAGGCUUUCAAGAGGGAUCUGUUGGUGGAGAAGCAUCCGAUGCUGGGUAUGAGGUACCAGUAUAUUCAUCUUAUGAACAAGGAAAGGGACCAACUUAAGCAGGCUGGCACGUCGGAUGGUAGUCGCAAGCAAGCACGGAAGACGGGGGCUACCAAGGGAGAUGAUGAUAGUGAGGAAGAACAACAUGAGGAGUCUUAUGGCUCAUCGUGGUCCGAGUCUGAGGAUGUCAGUGAUGAUGAAGAGUAUGAGGAUGAUGAUGAUGAUGAAGAUGAAGAUGAAGAUGAAAAUGAGUCUGCUGCUAAUGGUAGUGUUGUUUUGGGUAGAGAGCGAAUGAUUCGGAACCCCCACAUCGAGUUGAAGAGACCUUUGAGAUCUUCUGUUCAAGAAAGAUCUGUUGGAGGAUACUCAAAAAGAAGAGGCGACAGAAAUCCUAGAACUAUUUCUGGAAGAACAACUUCGUACAGAGGGCAUAAAGCUGGUGUGAGAUCCUAGGGGUGAUCAAACUGUUCAAGAAGUGGAAAGGCAUUUCCAGGAGAAACGAAGAUUUAUAUUUUGUAGAGUGGAGGUUAAAACAUCAUAUUUGAUGGUAGUGAGUUUGCAUUUGCCUUCUCUCAUUCAAAUUGGAACAUUGAACAAUUGAUAGUGGCAUCUUGGGGUGCAAGUCAGAUACGAAUGGGUUGGCAAAUUGAUAAAUUUUGAAUCUAAUUGUGCCUAUGCUUGGCCUGCCUGAGUCAUUUUGGUUCAAAUUUGAGCCCAAAUUCAGGUGGAUUUGCACUCCUAGUGGCAUCCAUUUUUGUUUUCUUUUUCCUC